UUGCGAGACGCGAAGAAUCAAAACAAGCAGUUUCAUUUUCGUUUUCCGCAACAAAACAAAAAAAUAAUCGCUAAGUUUUCCUAGUUUUAUGGCGUAUUUGGUGAACAUUUCAAUUAAGUGAAUGAAGCACAAACCAUGGCGGCGUCGCUGAACCCGGAAUGGAACGUGACUUGUCGGGUGUGCCUGCAGGAGGGCGAAAUCCGCUCGCUGUUCGACGACACCUGCCCGGAAUCGAAUCUGAGCUACGGCGCCAAAGUGAUGCAGUGCUCCAGUGUGGAGAUCAGGCGGGACGAUUGCCUCCCGGAUCGGAUCUGCUUGCAGUGCAUCGAGGAUCUGAGGGUGGCCUAUCGGUUCCGGGUGAAUUGCGAGAGUUCCGAUGCGAUUUUGCAGUCGUACCGGGAAAUGGGCCAGGCGGAGACGGCAGCGGGGGAGUUGGAUUUUGAUAUGCGUUCGACGACGUCGUCGUCGGAAAUUCAAAUUCCGAUCAGCUCGGAUGUUCUGUACAGUUACAAACCUCCCUCGGGGUUGAAUGUGAAGCUGGUUUCCAGGGAGAAGUCGGUGCUGUUGGAGAAUAACGGAGAGAUUGUGAUGUGCGAUAAGAAUGAUGUGUUGGAUGAGGAACCUGUUGGAAAGGGGAGUCCUCAGCCUGUGGCGACACCGGAACCGGAAUGUGAGUCGUUCGUGGACGACGCAGAUUCGUUGAUAACGUAUGACGAUGCUUUGGCGCCUUCCCAAACGUCCCAAGCGGGUGACGUGAAGGAAGAGGAUACUGACGACGACGGACCGGAAGAGCGACCAAAGCUGAUCGAGGAUGAGCUGACGGAUCAGACGCCGGGGGAAGAGGAUAGUCACACUGUCGAUAAUGGACAUCAGGAUGAUGGCGGCGGAGGUGGUGACGAAAUGAAGCCGCAGCAGCAUCCGGACGAUAGCAGUGCUGAUAUCUUCUUCGAUGCGGAGGAACUGGUGUACGUGGGCAAGGAGGACGACCUGCUGAAUCAGCUGGCCAGCAUCAAGCGGGAGAGCGAUGUCGACGAUUGGGAAGUCAUUUAUGACGAAGAGGAUAGCGAGCAAUACUUUCAAAAAAUUCCUCAAUCGAAGGCAGACAAUUUUGACUCAAAAGAAUUCACCCAACUCCCAACGGAAAACACAAAACCCGUAGUCACGUUUAUGCCUCCACCUCAGAUGGGCAUGGGCCUGAUGAAAACGAUCCAAACCAUCCGGAAGGCAAACGUUCCCAACGAGGAGAAACCCACAAUCGAAACCGUGGUGACCAAACCGGGCCCGGAUGGCUCCCUGGAGACGGUGAUCCGCGUCAAGCGGAAUCUCAAACCGGCCAAGCAGCAGCACGUGUGCAAAUUCUGCAACAGUUCCUACAAGUACAAGCACGCCCUAGAGACGCACUUGCGGAGGCACCGGGGCGACAAACCGUACAAGUGCUCCGAGUGCGAGAAGGCCUUUGUGGUGCCGUUCGAGCUGCGGAGGCACAUGAGGACGCAUACCGGGGCCAAACCGUACAAGUGUAAGUUCUGCGAGCGGAAGUUUUCGGAUUUUGGGAGUAAGAUUAAACACGAGCGGACGCAUACCGGUGAGAGACCUUACGUUUGUGAUGUCUGUGAGAAGAGUUUUACAUAUUCACAUGUGCUGAACAGUCACAUGUUGAUUCACACCGGGGUCAAGAAGUAUGCUUGUCCCGAGUGUGGUAAGCGCUUCGCCAAAUCUCAUCAUCUCAAAUCGCAUCGGAACAUCCACGUGCGAACCGGUGUGAGUAAGAUCAAUCUCUACAAAGCUCUCCUCCCCAACGAACUCCCCAUGGUGAUGUCCCACGACGACACUUCAAAAGACCCCGGUAGCCUUCGAAUCGGCACCGUUGUGGACGACUAUGACGACGACGCACUGGUGGACCUGGACCAAUCGGGAGUGAUCGUACCCAGCCAUGUCGACCAGCUGAUAGCGGAAGUCGACAUAGUGGACAGCCGAAGCAACGACUUCCACCUGGAGGACCCCGUCGUGGCCAAUCCAUUCGGACAGCUUGUAAAUAUUAGCGACUACAUGACGACGAUUUCGACGAAAUCCGAUCCGCCGGAUCCGACGACCACGGGUUCGAUCGGGGUCAUCAUGGGCGAUGACGAUGACGAUGAUGACGACGAUGUGGGUUGCAGGGUUAUCACCGGGGACGUUAUCGAUCCAAGCCAGGUGACUACCGAUGUCAACGACGACGACGACCCACUGCUGAAUGUGGUGACUGUGCUGGCGUCCGGACAGGUACCGGGGCUGGUCGGUGGCGACUAUGGCAACAUCCAGAUCAUCAACGGGUGAGUGCGAGUGUGUUCAAAUAUAGAUGGUAUUUAUUGGAAUGAA